AUGCAGGCCACAGGUCAUCCUAAUGACAUCUUGCCCUUGACGUUGACCUCGGCUACCCAGGAGCUGUUUGGGUGUCGCUGUGACGAGGACGUCACGGGGGACAACCCCUACAAGAUCCUGAGGAAAGAGGACAUCGUGCAGGACAUGAGGAUGAGGGCAGCUGUGUCUGAUUUCAGCCCCGUGAAGCAGCUGGUGCUGGACUACCCUGAAGAUGAGCUCCUCCUGGUCUACGACAGAGACUUCAUCUACGGAUCCAGCUUCUACUUGGUUCUAACAGCAGAUGCCAAGGAUAGGCACCUAAAGCCUGUAGUGGCUUUGGGAGUUGAGGUAGCUUUGGAGCGGGAGCCGUCGGAGGUGUUUGCAGCACAGAAAACCUCUGAACCCCAGCCCUGGAUCUCUCUGGGCAGCGAACAGGAGAUAGAGGAAGAGUCUGUCACUGACUCCAGACCCAGGUUGAAGUAUAGGAUCUCCAGGGUGCGGAGGGAGUUUGGGGCACCGAUCUUCUUCUCUGACCGUAAUGCCAUGGAGACCAAGGAUGGCUUCCUUGAAUGUACCCCCUACCAGGACAAGAACUUCAGCCUCAAGCAGAUGGAGAGACACACUGGGGUGCAGACUAUCCCCAACCUCAAGAGCUCCAGCACCCAAACACAAUGGACAUAUCCAAGGAGUAUGUGCACGCAGUACGAACCCAGAGAGUUCAGCAAGGAGGAGAAAGAGAACUGCCUCCAAUCUGAGAAUCUGAAGAAUUUUGUCAACUCGGUGGCCUCCAGGUUUGAGAUAGCCAUCCAGCAGAAUGAAAUCAUGGAUGUGUUCUUUGACGACUGGAAGGCCCUGAGUGAGGAGGACAGUGGCUACGGACGGAAGGCUGACCCACACCUGAAGGAGUACCAGUCCUUCACUGACCUGCACUUCAGCAAGGACAAGACCAUCAGCAACAUCAACUGGCACCCCACCAUCAACGGUGUGAUAGCGGUGGCUGUGACAGAGAGGCUGUCCUUCGAGGACAGGAUCAAUGGCUCCACUAAGCUGCUCCUAAACCCCUCCCUCAUUCUCUUCUGGAGCUUCUCUGAUCCCAUCAACCCACAGUUGCUGUUGGAGUGCCCAGACGACGUCUUCUCCUUUGAGUUCUGUCCUUCCGACCCAAAUAUUAUUGUUGGUGGCUGCAUGAACGGCCAGGUUGUGUUAUGGGAUAUAUCCACCCACGUAGAACAAUUACAGGGCACACGCACCAGUGGUGGAAAGAACAUAGCAGCAAACACCAACGCUUUACAGGGCUUUGAAGACAAGCGGGAGAAUGAGACCCCUGUGGUGCGUUACUGUGCUGUCUCAGGCAUAGAGAAUGGCCACAAAGCACCCAUUACAGACAUCCAGUGGCUGCCGGGAACCUUUGAGGUCUCUAGAAUGGGGGUACCGAUGGAGAACAGGAAUGGAAUAUGUGUUCAGAUCGUCACCUGCGCCCCUGAUUGUUGUGUGAUGUUCUGGGAUAUUCGUGCUCCGAGGGUACUCCAGACCAUGGCCGACCAGCGGAAACAGAAGGUGGAGGAGAAACCCCUGGAGAAUCCUCACGGUGUUCCCAACACCUUCAAACACCUCGACCUCACAUGGAAACCACUCAUCAGGGUUUCCCUGCCUAAGAUUGAUACCAGCGGGGAAUACAGCCCUUUGAAAAUCAGCCUGCGAGACAACACCUGUGACAACCAUACAGGUAGCAACGCAGGCAUUGAUGCAGACAGGGCCCACCUGAAUGCAGAGAGGUCAGAGGUUGCUCCAGAAUACGCCCUGCUCAGAGUGCUUUCAGCCAAACAACUCAAACCGCUGGAGGACAUCUGCACCCAGUUAUACGCAGGGACCGAGGACGGAGAGCUUGUGUACACAGACUGGAAGUUGGAGAAGGACAACGACUCUGGACGACUGUUCAGUGCCAAGCCCUCUCAUCGGUUUAUAAUCCAUGAUGGGCAGGUGAACACUGUUCGUCGGUCUCCCUUCUUUAAAGACAUCAUUCUGACCGUGGGAGGAUGGACCUUUGCCAUCUGGAAGGAGGGCGUCAUGAACGGCCCCAUCAUCCAGUCAUCGUGUUCUCAGAAGAAGUGCACUGUGGGAUACUGGUCCCAGUCACGUCCAGCUGUGCUCUUCAUCGGUAAGGAGGAUGGGAACAUCGAUGUGUGGGACCUUCUGGAGAAGACCCAUGAGCCCUCCCAGACCCAGAACAUCACUGCCACCCAGAUCACAUGCAUCAAACCCUGGAUCGUCUCCUCAAAGCAGCAUCUCCUGGCUGUGUCUGAUUACCUGGGCACUCUGCAUAUUCUGGAGAUCCCAUGGACACUUCGCAGCCCCUCCAGCAAUGAGAAGCUGAGCAUGAGUAAGUACUUUGAGAAGGAGGUGGACAGGCUGGUGUACUUUGAGAAGAGGAGGGAGAUGAGAGCCAAGGAGAAGAAAGACUCCGAGGCAGAGGAGCUGAGAAAGAAGAUGGAACCCAUCAUACCAGAGAAGCAGGUGGAGCAGAUCUUGGAGGAGGCCAUGAAGGAGUAUGAGGACUACCUGUCCUUGGAGACGGUCAUCCUGAAGGAAAUGGGGCUGCUGCCAGACACAAACAAGGUUGACAUCUGA